AGUAGACUAACCGUGUGUACCCUAGAUAUCGCGACCAACUUUCAAAUGCUUGUCCUGUCUUCGGCUCUUGCUUGAAACUUCUCCAGGAUGAAUCACGAUAUGCCUCGGAGCGCUACCUGCAAUGGAACGACCAAGUUGGGUACCACAUGUCGUAACUAUGCUAAAAAUGGGCAUUCUUCUUGCCGUCACCACCCGGAGCAGUUGAAGUUGCCUAUCAGAGAUCAUGUCACAGGCAAAAGGAACACAGAUACCGAGGAUCCCAGCAUUGUUGCCCAGAGUAAUGGCAAGUCCAACUUGUAUUAUAAUGCACAAUCUGGUACUCAGAACAUUAAUUCGGGCAAUGGAAACCAAUUUCCUGAAGCGAAAUUCGAGGGAGACGUAAAGUUCUACCAAACCGGGAUUGAGAACUGCGGGAAUCAUUACAACACGAAUAAUGUCAACAAUAAGACUACAAUCUCGGAACAGAAAGUACCAGAAACCCCCGAAGAAUACCAUACUUAUGUCUUGAACUAUACAAUCAACAAUCUGCCUGGAUUUCAGUUCGAUCAUGAAGAUCGUGCAAGGAAAGCUGCUGAGCUAUUAUCGAAUGAUAUCGAUGGCGACUUCGCCGUGGACAGGGAACUCGCUCAGAAAGUUAUCAAGCUUGACAUGUUCGAUUUCAUGAUCUUAUGCGAUAAUAGUUAUUCUAUGCGAAAUAAACAAGGGGUGCUCCAAGACACACUCAAGCGUUUGUCCAAGGUUGCGAACAUACUCACCCCAAAGGGGAUAUGCAUUCGAUUUCUCAACACUAUCAAGGAUGGUGACAACGAUUACGACGGAUUGUCCGCAGAAGAUAUUGAGAAAAGAUUUAAGAAGAUAGAGUUUAAGAAAGGGUCUAUGCUAGGGACGGCCGUGGACAAAAAGAUCGUCGAGGUUCUAACUGCGCAGGCACAAAGCGGCGAGCUGAAAAGGCCUGUAAUAGUGAUAAUUAUCACUGACGGAGAGCCACGUAAAGAACCCCGCGACACCCUCAUGAAGGCAAUCAAGUCUUGCAAAGAAUCCGAAGCGAUCAAAUCGCUCGGUCGCGCAGCUGUCGUGUUCAUUGUUGCCCAGAUUGGGAAGUCAGCAUCAGCCACGGGAUUUCUACAUGAGCUUGAAACUGAUAAGAGAGUAAGUGGCAUGGUCUACUGUUCUGUGGAAAGCCUUAACAGGCAGCAUACCGAUAAGGGUUCACUAUCCCCAGCCGGUGAUGCACAGUCCAAGGCAAAUAUUGAGAGAGAAAAUAUGACCCUUAAUCCUGCAUUGUAUGAGGCACUUUUGGCCCUCUUGCUUUUCGACAGCGAUCGGUGA